GCACAGCCCCGAAAAACCACAUCCCUAUAUCGAAAUAUUUAACGGUUGCGAGAGAACUGUCUUCUGGCGGCUUCAGAAAAUAAACGACGCAAGGCUCUUGGACCGGUUAUUUUUUGUCGGAUUUCACGGGCGGUAUAUAAAAACCGAUCAUAUUAUCUCAUCUUCAUUCAAGUUCGGUUCUUCGUUCUAGUAGCAAGAGUUGGCUCCCCGUUUCAGCAGACAAUGCGCGCUUUAGUGAUAUUCUCCGCCUGUCUGGCGGUCGCAUCCGCCGACAUAGGCUUGAAGCUACGUCAAGCCGCGGAAGCUGCCGCCGCCGCCAGAGCUUCCGGUCUGUCCAGCUAUGAUGUUGGCCAAGGUUCGGUAUCGGUUGAUUACUCGCCAACCAGUUUCGAUCAGAUUAUUGCGGAUGGUUUUUCCGAUGGUCAAUCUGGAUUCUCGGGAGCCGUUUCUGGUGGUAAUGCUUUUGCUUCCGGCGGCGGUGGUGGUGGUGGUGGUGCUGAAUACGAUGCUGGAUUCCAAGCUGGACUAGCAGCUGGACGUUCCAGUGCCAGUUCCAGUUCCAGUUCCAGUGCAGGCUCGUUCGGAGGAUUCAGUGGAGGUGGUUCCAGUUCCAACGCUGGAUCGUUCGGUGGAUUCAGUGGAGGCAAUGCUGCAGCUGGAGCCUCCGCUAAGGCUUCCGCCGGAGCCAAUGUUCGUUACAUCACCAAGCCUGAAAUAGUGAAGAAGCACUUCUACUACCACGUUGCCCCGGAAGCCGAGGCAGAAGCUGAAGCCGAAGCACGCGUUGAAAUCCAACCUCAGACCCACUACAAGGUGCUGUUCAUCAAGGCCCCAUCUGUGUCCGCCGGAGCUGCCGCUCGUGCCGCCGCCCGUACUCGUACCCAGGAGAAGACCAUUGUCUACGUUUUGGUCAACAAACCCGAAGCCGAAAGCAACUCGGGCGCCGAUGCUGCCGUUGAUACCUACGCCAGCGCCAAACCCGAAGUUUACUUCAUCAAAUACCAGGGCAAGAACCAAAACGCUGGCGCCGCUGCUUCUGCUGGUGCUAGUGCCAAUGCUGGUGCUGGUGCUGGUGCCUCAUUCGACGGAGCCGGUGGCUUCCAAUCGGGUGGCUCUGCUGAUGCUGGUGCUGCAGGUUUCUCCGGCUCUUCCACCUCCUUCGAUAUCAGAAACGGUGGAACCACCUUCGAAAGCAGUCCAACUUUCCUUUCGGGAGCUAGUGCCGACGCGUCUAGCGGUUCGUCAAACUCCAUCGAUGGUAGCUCUUCUGGCGCUUUUUCAUCUUCCUCUUCCUUUGGAGGGCAAUCAAAUGAUGACAGCUUUGGCGGAAAUUCCUAUCAACAAUUCUAAGCGCACGUGGCCAAAUCAUAGGAAAAUCGUGGAAGAAUGACACAAAAUGACUCUUAGAGAGGAAUAGAAUAGAUUUACUUUUCUUUAGGAAUCAACUAAACGAGAGAAUGUGGGAACGAGUGAGGGAUUGAACGAGAAUCAUGUUCCAAAUACGACUGCCAUAGUAGAUGUAUGAUAGGCAAAAUGGCGAAGCACGAAAAAGCGAGAACGAAGCCAACUUUGUACAAUACUUAGAUCUGUGAGAUUAAUGUUUACAAACGAAAAAUAAAAAAGAAAUAAAAAAAUGAA